AUGAAUCGUUUGCGGAAAGUGUUUACACCUGAAGUGACCACUAGGAUGUAUGGUUUGACUCAUUUAGAGUUAGAUAGAGACUUGUGUAAUCUGACAGAGUCUAUAGGAAUGUAUGACACAAAAACAGCAUGGAUGAUGAUGUGUCCAAUAUUAUUGGUGCUUGGAACUGUCACCGGUGUCAUCAACCUGAUGGUCCUCACAAGGAGAAAAAUCCGAAAGAAUUCGUCCGCCAUGUUUUUUAUUGCUUUAGCUGUAGCGGAUCUGAUCGUACUCCAUACAGGUCUCACAAGGCAGUGGCUUAUAUACAGCUUCGAUUUAGAUAUUCGGAUGAAAAAUAACUUUUUGUGUAAAACGAACUAUUUCAUAGUGUAUCUGUCCCUCCAGAUGUCAUCGUGGACACUUGUGCUGAUUACCAUUGAACGGAUGAUCGUUGUUCAGUUCCCGUACAAGGCUAAAGUGUUGUGUACACGGACAAGGGCGCUAAGUGCUAUCCUGUUCAUCUUCCUUGUUCUUUUCCUGGUCAACAUGCACAGUCUUAUAGGUGGAGAUAUCACAACAACUACAAACAGCUUUAACUCGACAACCUAUGUUGUAUGUGGAGGCAUCACUGAGCACUACCACACAUUCCGACGAUACUAUUGGGGCUGGAUUGAUCUUCUCAUAUUCUGUGUUCUUCCAUCGUGCAUCAUAUUAGCUUUGAAUACGAUUAUCAUAGUUAAACUCACAAAACGCUAUAGGACCAGAAGGAAGACUCUUCCAGCACACAUUAUCCAUUCAAGUAGACGACAGAUGAGCUUUGAAAAUUUCACCAAGAGCUGGACAUCGACUAUAUCUCUCCUUAUUCUGCUAGACGCCUGGUUCAUUGUUUGUACCCUGCCUGUCUGUGUUGUGCUGGUGUUGUAUAACUGGUGUGCCUGGUUCCAGUCAGAGGACGAGAUCAAACUUGUAUGGGUGACUACAAAUAUCUUGAUGUACAGCAACAAUACCUUUAAUUUCUUUUUGUACUGCAUCAGCGGCUCUAAAUUUCGCGAGGAACUUAAAGAUAUUUUCUACCAAUGUUUUGGUUACAGAGCAGCUGUCAGUAGAACCGAUUACAGUGUACCGAAUCAACCAUUAAGAUUUUGAAAUAAGUUAUUUGUAUGUUGGGUGAAUUUCUAGCUUUCUGUAGUACUAGUAUUCAGUGACGUCACUAGUACCUUGCUGGGUUUUCCUGGUGUAAGGUGUAUAAGGCUGCAGGUACAAUGUAUUAUUAGAUGGGAUAUCUUAUGAAGUAUUUAAACAUAAUGCACGUAUUUAAAUAUUGUACCCAAUUAUCAGUGUUUCAUAACAGGUAUAAUUCCAGAUAGAUAGAUAGAAGGCAUGAUUAACCGAAUCGUGAAACCUAAUUCUACGGAUCCGAGAAAACCUUUAAAAUACUGCGGAAUCACACUACUUUCUACGCCAUAUACAAUUUACUGUGAUAUUUUGAAUUGUCGGCUUUCUUACUGUUUAGAAAACAACAAUUUGAUGACUGACGAACAGAAUGGUUUCCGGAGAAAACUUGGAUGCCAAGACCAUAUUUUCGCUCUAUGUUCAGUAAAUUUGCCAAACUUCCUACCUAUACCUAGCUGUUUAUAGACUUGAAAAGGGCGUUCAAUGCAGGUAAACGCAGCCUGCUAUGGAUUACACUUCAUAAUUUAGGAAUUAAAGGAAGAAUGUAUAAGCCAUACGCUCACAUUUGGUCUGCACGUCGUUGAUUAUUAUAUUUUGUGUAACAUGCCUAGAGGUUAUCGUAGUACAUUAGCAAAAUUAUGACUAGGUUGUCUCCCUUUACGUUUGAGACUGGUCGGUUUCACAAUAUACCAUUGGAAGCUUGAGGUACUAUCCCUUUUGUCCAAUCAUAACAUUUCCUCUGUGUCUGCCUACAUAAGAAAAUAUUAAAAGAGACCUAUACAAUAGGGCAACAGUAUGCAAUGAUAAUUUUAGUAACCUUAGCAGUCAUCAAAAGUUGUUUUUUUAUUUCUGAUACAAUGUAAUGACUUACUUGCAAAGCCGCUUAGUCUUAUUCUUAAGUAUAGACGUCAACAACAGUGACAAUGCUCAUAAACCGUCUGCGGCUGCGCAGUACAUCAGUUUUUAAUUUUUGAUUGAUAAAUUGAUUGAUUGAUUGAUUGAUUGAUUGAUUGAUUGAGUAAUAUAUAGGUAUAUAAACAAUUGUGUGAGGAGUGACAGUUUAUAUUUUGAAGGCUAACUCCAAGGCCCCAACCUUUGCAGUCUUCCAAUGUAUUCAUUUCUGUGGGAUUAAAAUGUUUCCUGUAAAA